UGGCUUUUGCUCGUUGGAAGAUUUGCGGCAGUCGCCAUCUUUGCCCUGCUGAGGCUUGGUGCGUGUUCACACAAAAGAAUCGCGUUUUUCUCGUAAAACCAUGGGUCGCAAGAAGAAGAAGCCAGCAAAGCCGUGGUGUUGGUACUGCAACCGAGAGUUUGACGACGAGAAGAUCCUGAUCCAGCACCAGAAGGCGAAGCACUUCAAAUGCCACAUUUGCCACAAGAAGCUCUACACAGGCCCCGGGCUGGCCAUUCACUGCAUGCAGGUGCACAAGGAGACCAUCGACAAGGUUCCCAAUGCUCUGCCCAACAAGAACAGCGUGGACAUCGAGAUCUACGGCAUGGAGGGCAUCCCCGAGGAAGACCUGAGGGAGCACGAGCGCCAGAAGCAGGAUCGAGGGGGAGGAUCGGGUGACGAGGGCGGCGAUGACCGGCCUGCCAAGCCGCCACCUCCCCAGGUGAGUUGGCCUCCCGUACGUGACUCCUCCUUCUUUUGUUUUUUAAGCUUUGUUUUUGUUCGUGUUGUACUUGUGAUGUUUGCCUCUUUAGCGAGGGAAAAAGGUGCAAAGCCCGACUUGCACCCUUUUGAGAAUCAUUGCUGGUUUCUGCUCUGGCCAUACUUCUCCGAUUUCCCGUCACCCAAUUUGCGCAUCCUCUUUUGCAGGCUCCCAACUGCCCAGCAGUCUGUGAUGCAGGCGCAGCAAGCGGCCGCCCUCGCGGCAGCCCAGAUGAACCCAGCCCUGGCGGGGACGGUGCCGGCGCCCAUGGGCAUGCCGGGGGUCAUGCCCGGUCACCUUGGACCCAUGCACCCGGCUGUCAUGGCAGGCGGCAUGCCUGGCAUGCCCCCCUUCGGAGCACCACCGGGCAUGCCUCCCGGCAUGCCCCAUCCGAUGGCUGGCGCACCGCACCCAAUGCACCACCCCAUGGCACCCAUGGGAAUGCCACCGUUCAUGACACACGGGCUCCACGACGUUCGCUCCUACAGGGGCAUGCCGGGUGCUCCCAUGCCCAUGAUGGGUGGAAUGAUGCCACCACAGCCGGCACCGCCUCCCCAGCCGCCUGCCCCUCAAGCACCACCCAAGCCUCUCUUCCCUGCGGCACAGGCGGUUGCCACGGCAACCACCACGGCCACGAAGCCCACCUUCCCUGCCUACAGUACAUCCUCGCCCAGUAGCACCACUGCAUCAUCCACACCGACAUCCACCUCAGAGCCUGCGCCCAGCACGCCUCCGACCAGCAGCAAGGCGGUGGUCUCCGCACCACCGGACAUCAAGAAGCCGGCACUUGUCGUCCCUGCUGGUGCUUCCAGCAAGAUUAUCCAUCCAGAAGAAGACAUCUCCCUGGAGGAACGGCGUAUGAGGCUUCCCCAGUAUCAGUCAGCCGAAGCGAGCCAAGCUGCCUCUAAGCCCGCCGCGCCUCCUUCGGGUGCCGCUCCUCCGACCGUCAAUGGAGCCCUCCGACCACCGGUGCCUAUGCCCCCUGGCAUGGCCCCUGGCAUCCCGCCCGGCGUGCCCCCAGUGCCAUACCGCCAUGCGGGGGCUCCACCCAUGCCGUUCCCUCCGCAGCCGGGUGUGACACCACCCAUGAUGCCCCGGCCAUUCUAGGCCCCAUUCAUCACACUCAUCUUGUCAUCAUCAUCUCUUGCUCUUGUUGACUCCACCGGAGCAGAUAAGUGGUCGACGAUGCUGUCUUCCCGACUCCCCCACCCCACUCGACGCCCCUGCAGCACCCCCCAAGGCAGGGGGGGCGUUUGCAGAGGGGGGAGACGCGGGUCCACUCAACAAGGUUUGUUGCAGCGAUUGCAACGGCGAUGUCUCCUCACCUCCGAGCAACCUCACGAAGCUCCCUUCACUGACACACGCUUUCUCUCUCUUUCUCUUCUCCUCCUGUUCGAACUCUGCUCGCUGUCACAUACCCUUGUUUUUUGUUUUUUUUCUGGCCGUCGCCAACUGUCUGCAGGCACACACGACACAGUAAGUCUCAAAGCAGGCAAGUGUUUCAUUGUCAGUUGAACACCAUUUGCGCUUGCGCUGUACUUGAAGGGAAAUACGAAGGGAGGCACAUACACCGGUUGUGGUUGUGAUCGAGAGACACCGUGGCGUUCCUGCGAACGAGCUUGUGCCGACAAGGUAGGGUUCUCUCUGUCGCGCAAGGUAGGCGAAAAAAAUAUAUAUAUCCACCCUCCGAAGUUUGUGCGCGUUGUACAUUGGGGACGCUGUGACUGCCGAUAUUGUGAUCAUCGUCUGGAAGAAGACUCGUGCCCAAGGUUUGUGCAGGGAAGUGAUCUUUUCUAUGUCAUUGUGUGCGUACUGUGUGUACAUUUUUUUCUUUUUUUUUUCUUUUUAAUUUGACUUUCCGUCUUCCUGCGUCCUCCCCACAGUGUGUGAAUGUCAGAAAGUGAGCGCAAAAAAAGGAAACAAAUGCUUUCAUUUUGGUCCUGUAAUCUCCUUGCUUGUUGCUGUUUAUUUUGUUCAGUUUUUCCGCUGUCAAAUGGGACGAAUGCAUUUGAACCCUGUGUUGAAGAUGGUGCGUAGUAAUAAACGACUCCCUUUUGA